AUGCGCUUUCGCGGCACCCUAACCAAGGACGCGCUCGCCGUGCUGCUCGAUGUCGCGCAAUCCCUCACUCGUCUGAGCUCUUCCAGCAGUGCCACGACCAACUGCGUAUUUAAACUGACGCCCCAAACGCUCUCGAUCGCUCUAAAAAGUGGUGGCGCCGAGGAGCUCCAGAGCUUUUCUCGAUUACCGAUUACGCGGCUCUUUCACGACGUCGUGGUGCAGUCUCAAGCCGAGAACCACAUUGGCUUUCUAUGUGACGUGCGCCACCUUCAGCAAGCUUUGAGCUCUGGAAAAGAUGCCAGUGCUGUUAUGCUACGGCUCUUGAAGCGAGACGGUAGCAACUUUUUGUGCCUCAGGAUGAGGGCCGUGGACAUUGACAUUGUGCAGAGUAUUCCAAUUAAAGUGGUAGCUAUGAGUACGCUGGAGCAGUACAGAGAGCCAAGUGUGCCAGCACCGCAAAUCGCUAUUGAGAUGCUACCGCUGCGAGCGUUGCGAACUACUGUAGAUCGCCUCAAGGUCAUGCACAAGACGUUGACGGUCGAAGCCAGUACCACUGGUACACUCAUUUUGCGCAUCGACACCCAUCCACUUACACUGCAGACGCUGUUUGCACACUUGAGGUAUCGCGAUGACUUGGUGGGUGUAGAUGACGAAGGUGAUCAAGAAGAACUGGAGAGGCAAAACCAACAGCGCUCGUCGAGUGUCACAGUCGACAGCAAAGUGCUGAGCAAAGCAAUUUUGUUGGAUGGCCAGUCGACAAUCUCGGUGCUGUGCUGUAUCACGGAAAAUAAGGCGAUGGUGCUGCACGCCAUUCUUGCAGAUAGGUUUGGAUCAUUAACGUGCUACAUUCCAGUGCUGACACCAGAUCAUUGA